AUGAGCGCAGAGGAGCAGUUUGUCAACAUCGAUCUGGACGAUGACAACGUCUGCAGCGUCUGCAAGCUGGGAACGGACCGGGAGACCCUCUCCUUCUGCCACGUGUGUUUCGAGCUGAACAUUGAGGGAAUUCCAAAAUCUAAUCUCUUGCACACCACAUCAUUAAGGGGCCAUAAAGACUGCUUUGAAAAAUACCAUUUGAUUGCAAACCAGGAUUGUCCUCGAUCUAAGCUUUCCAAAAAUACUUAUUAUGAAGACGUUAAAGCCAUCUUGAGUAAGAAGAUAAACUGGAUUAUACAGUACGCACAAAAUAAGGAUGUGGAUUCGGAUCCGGAAUGUUCUAAACGUCCCCAGCAUCACCUGUUUAAUUUCAGGCAUAAGCCAGAUAAAAAGCUACUCCCACAGUUUGACUCCCAGGUACCAAAGUAUUCUGCAAAGUGGCUAGAUGGAAGCACGGGAGGCCUCUCAGACUGUACACAAAGAAUAUUGCAGCAGAGGGAAAACUCAGACUUCGGGCUCACUUUGUGCCACAAUAGUGUAUUGUGGCCUCCUACUCACAGCCAGGCACAGAAGAAAGAAGACAACAUCUCCAAUCCAGAGGCUAGUGUCCAGACCCAGCAUCCACGUUACAGCAGAGAGGAAUUGAAUUCGAUGACUUCUGGUGAGGUAAAGCAACUGAAUGCAAAGCUCCAACAGCGAAUACAGGAAGUGUUUGAAGAGUUAACACGCCAAGUGCAAGAAAAAGAUUCUCUGGCCUCAGAGCUCCACGUCCGCCACGUCGCCAUCGAACAGCUUCUCAAGAACUAUUCCAAGUUGCCGUGUGUGCAAGUGGGGCGGACGGGCAUCAGGUCCCACCUGACAUGA